AUUGGAGAAAGCCAAGGAGGUACGGGUAUACUAUUGAGCAAGGGGAGAGACAGAGAGGAGAGAGGCAGAGGGGAGGGUGACUAAGUGAAUGCAGUUUGCUGCCGCGUGUCGCCGAAUCACAGCGAAGUCCACAGGCAGCCAGACGGAUUGGACCUGAAUCAACAAAUGGAUACAGAAAAACUGGAUGUACACUGCAUAUGAGGAGAAAAUUAGGGAGGACGGAGAGUCUGCCUUCAUAUCCGUUUAUCUCUGCAUCAGAUGCUGCUGUGAGGAACCCACGGGGAGGGAAAGGAAAAUAGCGGACAACUCAUUUCUCCCUAACAUCCUUGGAGCUGUGAGCCAGAAUAGAGUCGACUGUGGGACUCGCUGGGAUUGAAUAUAUGCUCAUGCCGGUGUGUGUGUGUGCGAGUAUGUGUGUGUGAGCUGAUAAUAGCAGCCCCAUUGGUAUUCAGCGGAGGGAGCUCCAGGAUCUCGCUGCGCCUUUCCCCAGGAUGGGAUCACAGAGCAGGGAUUGUGCUCGCCUGUGGAGAGCCCGCUGAAAUGGACCUGAAGCCUUGCAGAGAUGGACACCAAAUGGGCAACAUGGAAGCCAACACACACCCUCCAGCGACUAGCUUUCCACACCUAACCGCCGCCACCAUCUCCAGCCAUCAGCUUGAGCAAUCCCAGCGAGGACUGAACCUGCAGAGUUGAGGUCCGACAAGCUAGACUGAGAUACCAGAGGCCAUCUACUGGAAGCAGAGACAGGCAGAGGGGGACAAGCCUCAUAGGAGUUAUCUUACAACAAUCCAAUCAACCUGUUGAGCAUACAAUUGAGCUUCUUGGACUUCAUCUGAAAUUAAAUAGGCUGCAGUGAUGCUUGAGCAAUGGUAUGGAGCUUUUGGACAUGUCCGGAUUUAUCGACCGGAUAUCCUAUCGAGAUUACGACACUUUUGUGCACACCUCAGAGCCGGGCCACUUUUCCAGAUUGGCUUGUGGGCAAAAGCGAGUAAUUGAAAAUCCCCCCUGGAGAGGAUCUCUCUUCUGAUUUGUUGUUGGGGAAGAGUGUGUUUUUUUUUUCUUUUAAAGGAACAAUUAAAAAAACACUCACUUUGUCCGACAUUUUCCCCCUCUUUCUUUUUCACCGUCUUUCUCACACAUUGCGGAGAAAUACAUUAUGAAGCAGCACCAUUCUUCUUCAUCCUCCCUCGGUGAUGGAGAGAGAGGAGGGACAGACUGUCCAGAAUAGAUAACGAGCAAGGAGACUGGCACUGAGGAGAGGAGAAGAAAAAGCAGAAAAUAGAGAGAAACAGGUAGAGAGAGAAAGAAGAAGACAGACAAAGUAGCAGAAAAAGCAAGAAAAGAAAAAACAGAAUUAACUAGGAUUGUUUGAAAUCCUCUUGGAGACUUAAAGUCUUUUUCUAAUUCAUCUGUGCGGUGUUGGAGGCUAGUUAGCAGAAUGGGCAGGGGAGGGGUCAGGAUUUACACCAGGGGGGGCACUUGAGCAGGAGAGUAGGGUUAUGUCCCCCCUGCACCUGCCUGGUCUGUAUGUCAGUGUUUGGCAGGAAGACAGACUGAAAGAUGGCCUGGUAAACAGACAGCUAUACUGAAUGAUAGACAAGCUCUGAGGCUGGUAAGACAGACAGACAGGAAGAUAGACAGACAGACAGGAAAACGGGUACACAGCCUAUUCCAAGUGUCAGGCAGAGAGCCAGGCAGACAUCCCUUGCCGGCACAGUAGACACAGUGCGAUUCAUUGUCAUUCUAUGCAGUGUGUGAGGAAGAAACAGAGGGAAGGAAAGAAAGAAGAGGAGCAUCCCUGUCUUUGUAGCUUCUGGAGAAUCUCACUUCAUCUGCAUCCACCUCAGUCUGUACUGUGGCAAGCCCAUGCACUAAAAACAGGCUGGGAGGGUGGGGGCUGUUACUAGAAAGGAAAUACAGGUUGGAGAGAGAGGGAGGGAGGGAGGCAGGCAGAGAAACAGAGGGAGAGAGCAGGUGUCGGAAAUCCUCCCCUUCAUCUGCUUGUCAUUUACUCCUUUAUGUUCUCUCGUCGUCUGGUGAGGUGAUUGGUUUUCCGAUGCCGGCGUUCUUCUGCUCAUAGGCCCACUGCAAUCCCGAGGAAAACAAGAGGUGGGCAGACAGAGGAAAGCAGAAAAAGACAGAAGAAAAGAAAAGGUGGAGCCCAAUUUUGAUUGACUAAUUUUUCAACUCUUCCUUUUCUUAUUUGUCAAGACGGGCUCUUGUUAUUUUUUCGCUUUUUUUCUUAAAGUAAGAGAUAGAGAGAAGAAAAACACCGGCCCAAUCAAUCCCUCAUUCUCUUUGUACACAGAGUUGAACCUCUCCACUCAUCAAUUGUUGAUUUUUCUUGCCUUGUCCUAAAGGGAUUAUUUUCUCCAUCUGAGUAUAAACACUGGAACCCUCCAGAUUCCCUCUAUUCACCUCCAAUGACACAGUGUGAACCGCUCUGACUCCCCCAAGGCAACCCCCCCACCCCCCAACCCUUCGGCUGAAGUGCUAAAACCCUGUGGUCUCAGAUCUCAAUGCCUGUGUUGACUCACUACUACAGCAUUAUUAUGGCACAGCGCUUCUGAUAACGUCUGAUUCAUUCUGUGGUGGUACAGGCAUCCAGCAGACCGUUCUCCAUGAGGAGCAGUAGAAGAUGCCGGCUCUGCCAGCACUGCUGCUGUCAAUACACUUCCUCUCUUUCCUGCUAGUCACCAUGCCGCCACGCUCCCUCAGUCAGGCCCCCUUGCUCUCCUCCGUCCGCAUGGCGGCGAUCCUGGAUGACCAGUCUGUGUGUGGGCGCGGGGAGCGGCUGGCACUGUCCUUGGCCAGGGAGAACAUCAACAGCGUGAUGGAGGGUCCGUCCAGAGCCCGAGUGGAGGUGGACAUAUACGAGUUGCAAAAAGACUCCCAGUACGACACUACUGACACCAUGUGUCAGAUUCUACCCAAAGGCGUUGUCUCAGUCAUAGGUCCCGCCUCCAGCCCCGCCUCUGGCUCUACUGUCAGUCAUAUAUGUGGAGAGAAGGAGAUCCCUCAUGUGAAGAUUGGUCCGGAGGAAACUCCCCGCUUACCGUACCUGCGCUUUGCCUCUGUCACUCUGUACCCUAGCAACGAGGACCUGAGCCUGGCCAUAGGAGCCAUCUUGCGCUCGUUCAGUUACCCCUCAGCCAGCUUGGUCUGCGCCAAGGCUGAGUGCCUGCUGAGAUUGGAGGAACUGGUCCGCCGCUUUCUCAUCUCUCGGGAGACGCUGUCAAUCAGGAUGCUGGAUGACAACCUGGACCCUACGCCGCUGCUGAAGGAGAUCCGUGACGACAAAGUGGCCACCAUCAUCAUUGACGCCAAUGCUUCUGUCUCCUAUCUCAUCCUGAAGAAGGCGUCAGAGCUGGGGAUGACAUCAGCAUUUUACAAGUACAUCCUCACCACCAUGGACUUCCCACUGCUGAGACUGGAUGAUAUAGUGGAUGAGCAGUCCAACAUUGUAGGUUUCUCUAUGUUUAACACCACUCAUCCCUUCUAUUUGGAGUUCAUCAGGAGCCUCAACCUCUCUUGGAGGGAGGGCUGUGACCUGACGUACCCCGGCCCUGCGCUCUCGUCAGCGCUGAUGUUUGAUGCAGUGCAUGUGGUGGUGGGGGCGGUGAGGGAAUUGAACCGCAGUCAGGAAAUCGGAGUGAAGCCACUCAGCUGCACCUCACCUCAGAUCUGGCAACAUGGGACCAGUCUUAUGAACUACCUGCGCAUGGUGGAGUACGAUGGUCUGACAGGUCGUGUGGAGUUCAACAGCAAAGGUCAGAGGACCAACUACACCCUGCGGAUCCUGGAGAAACACCGAGGAGGCCACAAAGAGAUUGGGAUCUGGUACUCCAACAACACCCUGGCAAUGAACUCCACCAGCCUGGAUAUUAAUGUCUCAGAGACGCUGGCAAACAAGACACUCAUUGUCACCACCAUACUGGAGAACCCAUAUGUGAUGCGCAAAGACAACUACCAGGACUUCCAGGGUAAUGACCAGUAUGAGGGCUUCUGUGUCGACAUGUUGAGGGAGCUGGCAGACAUCUUGAAAUUCUCCUUCAAGAUCAAGCUGGUGGAUGAUGGGUUGUAUGGGGCUCCAGAGCCCAACGGCUCUUGGACUGGCAUGGUUGGAGAGCUAAUCAACAGGAAAGCAGACCUGGCCGUGGCAGGCUUCACCAUCACGUCAGAGAGAGAGAAAGUUAUCGACUUUUCUAAGCCGUUCAUGACCUUGGGGAUCAGCAUCUUGUACAGAGUUCAACUGGGUCGAAAGCCGGGUUACUUCUCCUUCCUCGAUCCCUUCUCUCCAGCUGUCUGGCUCUUCAUGCUGCUCGCCUACCUGGCCGUCAGCUGUGUGCUCUUCCUGGCUGCAAGGCUGAGCCCCUAUGAGUGGUACAACCCCCACCCGUGUCUGCGAGAGCGCAGGGACAUGUUGGAGAACCAGUACACUUUGGGAAACAGCCUGUGGUUCCCUGUCGGAGGCUUCAUGCAGCAGGGAUCAGAGAUAAUGCCCAGAGCCUUGUCCACCAGAUGUGUUAGUGGGGUGUGGUGGGCGUUCACCCUGAUCAUCAUCUCCUCCUACACGGCCAACCUGGCAGCCUUCCUGACUGUCCAGAGGAUGGAGGUUCCCAUCGAGUCUCCGGACGACUUGGCCGACCAGACCAAUAUUGAGUAUGGGACCAUCCACGGAGGGAGCACCAUGACGUUCUUCAUGAACUCACGUUACCAAACCUACCAGCGGAUGUGGAACUACAUGAACUCCAAGCAGCCCAGUGUAUUUGUAAAAAGCACAGAGGAGGGAAUUGCCCGAGUGGUCAACUCCAAGUAUGCCUUCCUGAUGGAGAGCACCAUGAAUGAGUACCACCGCGGCCUCAACUGCAAUCUCACACAGAUUGGAGGCCUGCUGGACACCAAGGGCUACGGCAUCGGCAUGCCACUGGGGUCUCCGUUCAGAGAUGACAUCACGCUGGCCAUCCUCCAGCUGCAGGAGAAUAACAGGCUGGAGAUACUGAAGAGGAGGUGGUGGGAGGGAGGCCAAUGUCCCAAAGAGGAGGACCACCGUGCCAAGGGUCUGGGCAUGGAGAACAUUGGGGGCAUCUUUGUGGUGCUGAUCUGUGGCCUCAUUAUUGCCGUGUUUGUGGCCAUUAUGGAGUUUGUGUGGUCGACACGCCGCUCGGCAGAGACCGAUGAGGUAUGCCCCCAUACCUGCCCUCGCCGACCCCACAGACAUACCCCAGUGUCUGUCUGUCAGGAGAUGAUCACAGAGUUCCGAAACGCCGUCUCCUGUAAGAAGAGCUCCCGCAUGCGGCGCCGUCGGCCCCUCAGCAGUUCAGCAGCCCUGCGACACCCCACACGCAUAGCUCUGGGGGCCCCUCGGCCACUGCGCCUGGUCCGGGAAAUGCGCCUUAGCAACGGCAAGCUCUACAGUGGAGCUGGCCCGCUGACAGGUGGAGCUGGAGGAGGAGGCGGAGGGACAGGGCCUUCCGAUCUUGGCCCUGGGCCACAGCGGAUCCUAGAUGAUCCACUGGGGGCCAACACCACCCCUCCUCCACCAGCCCCUACCCCUGUGAUGCUGCCCGCCCGCAGCUGCACCCACGUGAGGAUCUGCCAGGAGUGCCGAAGGAUCCAGAACCUGAGGUCAGGCGGCAGUAUAGGAUCAACCACAACAAGAAUACCACCUUCAUCAGCACCCCUGCCCAGGCUACCCCCACCCCCACCUCCAUCCUCAUCCAACACAGACAGUGAGGGCGGAGGGGGGCCCAGCCCAAGGCGGCUACACCACAGUCCUCCACCUCAUACCCCCCGACCCAUCCCACCUCCACAGAACAGCAACACCACAGACCUACUGGGUGACCAGGACUGAAGCAAUGGGCGGGGUGAGGGAGGGAGCCAGUGCUGAGGAGACUGAGGAACAUUUGUGCUGCUGAGAAAGAGGUGAAAUUUAUAAGAGGGGGGACAGAGGAAAAAGUUGAACUCUGUGACAUCAGCCAAUAGAAAAUAAGAUGGCCUUUAAAAGGAGAAUAAACAGGGAAAACCGUAAUCUUUUCUCCAGUUGAGCUUGAGGCUUACAGAUACAGAACUGGCUACAAGCACUCUGCGAGAUGGUCGUCAGUUAAGCUUCUUUAAUCAACUCCGAAGAACAGUUCAGUUUGGACUAAUCCGAGUGGAAAUGCACAUGACCAGAUGAUGGUUUCCAUUGGCCUCCUUUUUCUCUCCUUACUCCCCUCUCACUUCACCUUUAGAUAUGAGGGCGCUGGUUUUCUUCCACAGACACUUGCCUGGAAGCAAACUGCCCCUCUAGUAAAAUGAAGCCUUGCUGGAGGACAUACUGUAUCCGUAUGUGAUUUAAAACUAAGCAACUAAAAGACUUCCAGAGAAUUAUUUCCUGUUGUUUUUUUUCUUUUGUUGUCUUUCUUGUUUUGUUACCAUUGUUCAAAGUGGGAAUUACAGAGUUAAAUACAGACUAUGUGUGACAACAUGGUGGAUUAUAACAUACUAAGAAACUUGACUGCGGCUAAUUGUGUUCAAGAGUUUUGUGUCCCUCCCUGUGCCCCACAGCUGCUUUUUGGAUGGUAUGAGGGAAGGUGGAUGAAACGACUUCAAGACAACAUGAUGCGAACAGUAGCAGAGGAAACUGUUGGUCUGCCUUUCUUAACACUGUGCGUGUGUGUGUGUAUGUAAACAAUUGUGCUUCCUGUAAGUCUGUUUGUAACUACUCAAAGUUAGGAGAACCAUGUACCCGGCAACAGCACCCUUCAACAAAUGUUAGAUAACCAGACAGUCACGGAAAGAGAGGGGGAGGAAGGGGGGGGCAAGAGGCUUUGAAAUGUGAAAUUAAUGUCGCUCGUUAUCCUGGGUAACGCUUGCCAAGCCUUUACUUCUUUUUCACCUCUGUUCACACAGCGUAGAAGAGAUAGAGAGACUGGGCGAGGCAGAGCGGGAGACAGAGAGGAAAGAUAGAGAAGAACAGAAAGAGAGGAGAUAGAAAGAGGCAGAGAAUGAAAAGGACACUACUGAAUUUGAAUGAGAAAUCCCUAACUGAACUACUUCCAUUAUUAGAUCUGUCCUGAUCUGUUAAUUCUGGGCAUCUUUUAAGGGGCUUGUUAAUGCGCCAGCAGGCUGUAGCUGCAGCUUCCUCCCUUCUCUCUGUUUAACAGACAGACUUGGCCAUUCAGAGUAGAGGCUCCUGCCAGAGUGAUAGACUCAACACAGCCUUGUCAAUACUGUCUCAAGCUUUUGAUCGCCUAAUUACUCCCCUCGGUGGCUGGGGACUCAUUCAGGAGGGGGUUGAACACAGGGAAACAUGCUGAUAAAUAGAUUUAGAAGAAAUACAUGCUUUUCACUCUGGCUGGAAAGGGAAUCUGGUCUCUUUUAAUUAUGUUGUUAAUGUUACAGCCCUACUGUUGUGUGAAACUAAAACAAUCCAAACACUACAGUAUAUUAGCCUUGGUGCUUAAAGAAAAUACACUGGUGGAUUUGCAUGUUUUAGCCCUUUAAUUUCAAACUGUGUACACUUCAUAUUAUUGCAGAUGAUUAUUUAAAUCAUACCAUAUGUUUUGUAGAUUUCCAAUCCCCCAAGUAGCACAAAUGUGCUUUAGAUAUUACAAGGAACCUUAAAGGAUUCUUAUUGUCAACAAAUUCAAUGAAAAGACCGUACCCACAAUAAGUAGCCAAAACUUCAUGUAGCUCAUUCCUCUGUGCCGGAGACCGCCAUUAUUUAAACCCUAUUAAAAACACAUUAAACAUACUACAAGGAAUUUUAACUUAACGAAACAGUUUAAUACUGAUGCCUCUGUAUGACCUACAUAAAUAAACAAGACCAUCAGCCAGAGGAUUAGCCAU